UGAUUCUAUGAUUCUAUGAUAAUCCCUCCUUCCUUUUUUUCCCACCGGUCAGGGCUGCGCUACUGCUUCUCUCCAGGAGAGGCCGCUGUGGAGCAGGUCCCAGAUUCAGCUGGAAGAGCAGCAGGAGCAGAAGCAGAGGCAGCAGCGCCCAGCCUCAGUUUCCCCUCCGGAAAGACAGCGCCCCUCUUGGAGAAGAAGAGUUCUGGCUCACUCCGUCCUGACGCUUUCUUCCUCGCCCGUCUCCCCGCAGGAUGUCGGCUUCUCCAAGGAGUUUUCGGGUGCUGCGAAGUUGGUGAAGGUGCCCACCUUUUCCGGCAGCGCCGAGCCUUCAUCCUCACCGGAACCACCAUGCUGGUGAAGGAGUACCGCAUCUGCAUGCCCCUGACCACCGAGGAGUACCGCGUUGGGCAGCUGUACACCAUCAGCAAGCACAGCCACCAAGAGAGCGACAAAGGCGAAGGCGUGGAAGUGGUGAAGAACGAGCCCCACGACGACCCCGUCCACGGCCGGGGCCAGUUCACCGAGAAGCGGGUGCACCUGUCCAGCAAACUUCCCAGCUGGGCUCGAGCCGUGACCCCACGGAUAUUUUACAUUACAGAGAAGGCUUGGAACUAUUAUCCCUACACCAUCACAGAGUACACGUGCUCCUUUCUGCCCAAGUUUUCCAUCUACAUAGAGACUAAGUAUGAGGACAACUGCGGAGACAGCACAAAUAUCUUCCACAAUGAAGAAAUCUUAGGAGACCACGAAGUGACCUUCCUGGACAUUGCUUUUGACGAAAUCCCGGAGCGCUAUUACCAAAGCAAAGAGGAUCUCCGGCAUUUCAGCUCCGUGAAGACGGGCCGCGGCCCCUUGCGGGAGGGGUGGCGGGAGCACACCACGCCCAUCAUGUGCUCCUACAAGCUGGUGACCGUCAAGUUUGAGGUGUGGGGCCUCCAGACCCGCGUGGAACAAUUCGUCCAUAAGGUCAUUCGGGACAUCCUGCUGAUCGGCCACCGACAAGCCUUCGCGUGGGUGGACGAAUGGUGCGGGAUGACGAUGGACGAGGUGCGCCGAUACGAGCGGGAGACGCAGGAAGCCACCAACGAGAUCGUGGGGCCGGUGGCGCCGGCCGUGGCCAUUGCCGAGGUGGGGCUGCUCCCCUCCAGCGCCCCCUCCACGCCCCUCGGCGGCGGCGAAGCGCCGGACUUCCUCCUCAGCAUCCCCAAGGACCGGCCGAGGAAGAAGUCGGCGCCCGAGAUGCUCUCGCUGCCGGUGCUUCGGGAGAGGGCCAACGCGGAGUGAGCACCCUCCUUCCAAGCGGAUUUCGGAAUCGUUUUGAUGCCCUUUUCGGACCUCCGUCCCCCAUUAAAAGGACCAAGAAAAGAGGGUAUUUUCCCAAGCUGCCAGUUUUGGACUCCAAUUUUCCACAAUUCCCACAACACCUGGAGAUGCCGAAGUUGGCCCAUGCUUGGUUUAAGCAGUCCAACAUCUGUGUCGUUGACGAAUUUCAUGGCCGGAAUUACUGCCUUGCUCUGAGUUUUCCAGGCUGUGUGGCCAUGUUCCAGAAGCAUUCUCUACUGACGUUUCACCCACAUCUAUGGCAGGCAUCCUCAGAGGUUGUGAGGCAUGGAUGAACUAAGUAAGGAAAGGAAAGAAUAUAUAUCUGUGGAGAGUCCAGGGUGUGACAAGAGUCCUUUGUCAGAGUUGUUGUAUGUCUUUCGGGCUGUGUGGCCAUGUUCCAGAAGCAUUCUCUCCUGACGUUUCACCCACAUCUAUGGCAGGCAUCCUCAGAGGUUGUGAGGCAUGGAUGAACUAAGUAAGGAAAGGAAAGAAUAUGUAUCUGUGGAGAGUCCAGGGUGUGACAAGAGUCCUUUGUCAGAGUUGUUGUAUGUCUUUCGGGCUGUGUGGCCAUGUUCCAGAAGCAUUCUCUCCUGACGUUUCACCCACAUCUAUGGCAGGCAUCCUCAGAGGUUGUGAGGCAUGGAUGAACUAAGUAAGGAAAGGAAAGAAUAUAUAUCUGUGGAGAGUCCAGGGUGUGACCAGAGUCCUUUGUCAGAGUUGUUGUGUGUCUUUCGGGCUGUGUGGCCAUGUUCCAGAAGUAUUCUCUCCUGACGUUUCACCCACAUCUAUGGCAGGCAUCCUCAGAGGUUGUGAGGACUGUUGGAAACGAGGCAAGUGGGGUUUAUAUUGUUGGGCGAGAUGGAUUUAUAGUGUAGCUCGGACCCGGUUCUUUACUAUUCAGAAAUGUACAGUAGAGUCUCACUUAUCCAAGCUAAACGCGCUGGCUUUUAACUAGAGCUUUUGAUUUAUGUUAAUUUUAUCAAUAUUUGUAUGUAUGUGUUUUUAUCCUUUACAAUUUAGCUUGUAAAUCACCUAGAGCAUCUUGGUUGGAGGGCGAUUAAUAAGUAAUUAAAUGAUGAUGAUAGUGAUAUAAUAAUAAUAAUAAUAAUAAUAAUAAUAAUAAUAAUAAUAAUAAUAUUAAGUUUAUUUGUAUCCCGCCUCCAUCUCCCCCGAAGGGGACUCGGGGCGGCUUACAGCAAAAUCAAAAUACAAACAAUGAUAAAAUAUAAAACAUCAGGACAAAAACAAAAACCAAUAAAAAUAUACACAAUAAGUUAAAAAACACAACGCAGAAUUAAAACAUCAGGUUAAAAACAAUGAGGUUGCAAUAGUGGAUAAGCAAAGUGUACGGUGCACAUUAUGGGGAACAAAUUCAUAAAUAGAUAAAGUGCAUUAGAAUCAUUUAAAGUCACAUUAGGUAUGGUAGGGAGGAGUCCUGAGUAAUAUCAAAUACACAGUAAUUCUAUGUAGAUUAUAAAAUGAUAUGAAAAUGAUGAUAAGCGAAUAUCUUGGAUAAUAAGGAGGGAUUAAGGAAAAGCCUAUUAAACAUCAAAUUAGGUUAUGAUUUUACAAAUUAAGCACCAAAGCAUCAGGUUAUACAACAAAUUUGACAAAAAAGUAGUUCAAUACACAGUAAUGUUAUGUUGUAAUUACUGUAUUUACGAAUUUAGCACCAAAAUAUCAUGAUAUAUUGUAAACAUUGACUACAAAAAUGCAUUGGAUAAUCCAGAACCUUGGAUAAGCGAGUCUUGGAUAAGUGAGACUCUACUGUAGUUAUUAUUUUUGGAAUUGUAAAGGUUGGACUCUGGAUCUUUGCCUCCUAAGCUCUAAAUUCAUUCCAGCCACAUGGCACUUCAUGCUCUGAUUGCUGUGACCUCAAUGCUCAACCAUAUCCUGUGUUUGUAUUUUUGGAUGCUGUUUUUGGGUAGUUUUCCCUGACUUAACAGCAAAAACAGUAAUAUAUAUAUCCAGGGUGGGAAAAAGAACUCUUUUCUGCUUGAGGCAAGUGUGAAUGGUGCAAUAGGCCACCUUGAUUAGCAUUGAAUGGCCUUGUAGCUUCAAAGCCUGGCUGCUGCUUACAGAGGAGCCAUUGAAAUCCGCAAGCAUGUGGAUCGUUUAACCCUUCCUUGCCUAGUUUAUCCAUGCCUCACAACCUCUGAGGAUGCCUGCCAUAGAUGUGGGCGAAACGUCAGGAGAGAAUGCUUCUGGAACAUGGCCAGACAGUCCGUAAAACUCACAGCAACCCAAGUCCAACCUGUAUAUAGAGGUUUGUAACACAGGGCCACUGUAUCUGCGAAUGCCACUCUCCCUUUUCCUGUUGUCUGUUCGGCUGAGGAGGGGGCUGUCAAUUCACUGGGACCGAUUUCGUUUGGACCAGUUUACUAAGACUGUUACACCCGUUUUGAAGCUAUUGUUUUUCAACUGAAUUAAGUCCGUAGAAGGGUUACAGACUUAUAGACUCACGUGGCCCUUUAGAAGAUACACUGCAACUCCCAUGAGCCUUCAUCACUGGCUGAAGCAAAGGACCCCUGAUCUAGACGCUCUCAUAAGACCGUAGGUAAGCAAAGAGACCUCCAAAGACCAUGUAGAUGGUCUCAUAAGACCGUAGGUAAAGAAAGGGACCCUCAAAGGCCAUCUAGAUGAUCUCUUAAGGCCAUCAGAAGACCAUAGAUAACGAAAGGGACCUCAGAGAUCAUCUAGAUGGUUUCAUAAGACCAAAGGUAAGGAAAGGAACCCUCAAAGGCCAUCUAGAUGAUCCCAUCAGAUGGCUUUUGGAAGUCACUUUCCUUACCUAUGAUUUUAUGAGAUCAUCUAGAUGGCCUUUGAGGGUCCCUUUCCUUACCUAUGGCCUUAUGAGACCAUCUCGAUGGCUUUUGGAGGUUACUUUCCUUAACUAUGGUCCUAUGAGACCGCCUAGAAGGCCUUUGAGGGUCCCUUUACUUAUCUAUGGUCUUCUGAUGGCCUGGUGAGAUCUAGAUGGCCUUUGAGGGCCCCUUUCCUUACCUAUGGCCUUAUGUGACCAUCUAGAUGGUCUUGGGAGGUCUCUCUGCUUACCUAUGGUUUUAUGAGAUCGUCUAGAUGGUCUUUGGAGGUCUCUUUGCUUACCUAUGGUCUUAUGAGACCAUCUAGAUGGCCUUUGGAGGUCCCUUUCCUUACCUAUGGUCUUAUGAGACCAUCUAGAUGGUCUUUAGAGGUCUCUUUACUUACCUAUGGUCUUAUGAGGCCAUCUAGAUAGUCUUUGGAGGUCUCAUAUGGUCUUAUGAGAUCGUCUAGAUCAGGAGUCCCCAAACUAAGGCCCUCCAAGGUCAUUGACCUGGCCUUUGUCCUAAACUUUAGACUUAGGGUUGACCUAAGUCUGAAACGACUUGAAAGUCGGUACAGAAUGCCAUUCAAAGCAACCUGGGUUGCUCAGUCAGUCUGAAGCAGCAACCAAGCAAUGAGUUAGGACUAGCUGGUGGAAGAGACUCCUCAAGACCUCAAAGCCCAACUAAUGAUUGAAUGUGGCUCUUCUGGGCUCGGGGUCUGCUAACCCACCCAUCUUGGUAGCUAUUCCGGCCCUAUUUUCUUCCUCGGUGCCUUUGGAAAGAGGGCCAUCCUACUGCUGGACGCCAUCAGGAGGCCUGUCGUAGUUGCUGUUGCAAUUUGCCUUGCAGAAAAACAUAAAUGCACCUCCUGCCCGUGAAGGUGGGCAGCAUCCUCGACUCCUCAGCCAUCAUCCUCUUUGAUCUUAUUGGGGUUUUUCUGACCCAGUUUGUACAAGCACAAUUUGGAUUUGCACUGUUUUGUCAUACAAAGUGAUCCCUGCCCUCCUGCUCCUGUCAGUCUCCUGUCAAGUUCCGGGUGUACAUAGUAAACAGUAGGCAUGUCCAAUUGAUGAAAAAAUGUUUCAAUUCUCGUUUCUAAAGUAGGGGGCGCUGGCACUUCGAUAUAGAAAGUAUUUCCGAUUUUUUCACCCAAAAAUCUCGGAUAUUUCCGAAAAUUCGUAUUGAUUCUAAAUGUUUCUAAAAUGGCAGGUGCGCAUGCGCAAUCACCAAAAAAAGGAACCUGGGGGGAGGGAGGGACUUUUACAGGGCUCUCCCGCCCUCAUUUCUUGAGCUAUCCUCAUCAAAUUUGCAAUGCCCUUGCAAGUUGUGCAAAGAUACUUUGAAAACUAGAAAUUCCCUUGCUAUAUUUGUAAGCAAGAAGGACACUGGAAAUCAAAUUUUUUUGCGGGGGGGGGGGGCGGGGGGGGAAUUAACGAAACAUUAAGAGACAAUUAGAGAAUGGGCCAACAAUGGUUCGAAUUACAUUGCUGGUUGCGCUGUGAGACAAUGUCUCGGAAUGCGUAUCAAAAAGCGAGAACAAUCCGAAAUAAAUCCGAUAUACGAUUCAAAACGAUUUUUUGGACAUGUCUAGUAAACAGUAGUGAAACUUGGGGAGAACUUUUUUUUUCUUUCUCUGCCGUUUUGUGGAUAAGAGAGUGGGGAGGGAGAGGGAGGAGAUAAGUAAACAUGAAAUCACAUGGGUUAAAAAUCAUCUCCAUGAAUGUGAACGGGUUGAAUAACUGUAUAACAAGGAAACGGGUUUUUCACUUCUUAUAUAAAAAUAAGGUGGACAUAACUUGUAUUCAGGAAUCCCACUUUGUAUCCACUGUUUCUCUUUGCUAUCAGUUGCUUUUGUGACUGGUUGCAACUCUCCUGCUCCCCGUUUGCAUCUUCGUGCGCAGAAAUUAUCAGAGUAUUUGCAGGGCAGCAGUAGUUGGAUGGAAGCAGUGGAGCGCAGAACGAAGAGACACUCUGAGAGUUGGUAAAACUAUUUACAAAGUUUGACUGUAUGCAGCAGUAAUCAACACAGACAACAGACGAACACAGGACUGCUCCGUUCUCCAACAGAACGUGACCCGAACUCUAGGCAGACAGAACUCAACUGAACUGACGCAAAGACAAAGACUGCACAAAGACUUGUGUCUGGAUACUCCCUAGUUCCAGCCACACAUCAAGAUCAUCAUAGCUUCUUGGCAAUUAACUCUUUCCACACUAUGGUACAUUCUGGAUGAUGUGGAAGGUAUCGAACAUUUCUUGAUUGACUGCCCAGCAUAUGCUGAACUUCGACACAGAUAUUUACAUCCAUUACUAUCUAAUUUUAGGUCCCCCAACAGAAAUGAUCUUCUGAGAGUCCUCUUGCAAGGACAAGAAAGAUCCACCAUAAUCAGAGUCAGCCUUUUUAUCCCAAAAGCUAUCAAAAAAAGAGCACAUUUCCUGAAAGAAUCAGGAAAAUAAUAUUUUGACGGCAAACAGAAGGUCAGCUGCUGUCCUCCCAUCCUUUUUGCCUUGUUUUUAUUUAUGUUGCACUUUGAAAUGGUCAUAUGACUGGUCAAACAAAUAAAUUAUUAUAUUAUUAUUAACUGAACUGACGUAAUCGAUAUGCACAAACACUUGUCCAACCACUCAGCAGAGACAGAGUGACAAUUUACUAUUUAAUAUAUGACUCUGAACUUGAAAAUCAGCUUCUGUUUCUCAUUUUGCAAUGGACGGUUUACAAUUGGCUUCCCACUCACAAUGUAUAGACUUGGCUGUGGCAAUGAAAUUCAGUAUUUGACCACUAGCCCUGAAUACAUUGAAGACCUCUAGUUCCAUUGUAUUAUUAUUAACUGAACUGACGUAAUCGAUAUGCACAAACACUUGUGUCUGGAUACUCCCUAGUUCCAGCCACACAUCAAGGUCAUCAUAGCUUCUUGGCAAUUAAUUCUUUCCACACUAUGGUACAUUCUGGAUGAUGUGGAAGAUAUCGAACAUUUCUUGAUUGACUGCCCAGCAUAUGCUGAACUUCGACACAGAUAUUUACAUCCAUUACUAUCUAAUUUUAGGUCCCCCAACAGAAAUGAUCUUCUGAGAGUCCUCUUGCAAGGACAAGAAAGAUCCACCAUAAUCAGAGUCAGCCUUUUUAUCCCAAAAGCUAUCAAAAAAAGAGCACCUUUCCUGAAAGAAUCAGGAAAAUAAUAUUUUGACGGCAAACAGAAGGUCAGCUGCUGUCCUCCCAUCCUUUUUGCCUUGUUUUUAUUUAUGUUGCACUUUGAAAUGGUCAUAUGACUGGUCAAACAAAUAAAUUAUUAUAUUAUUAUUAACUGAACUGACGUAAUCGAUAUGCACAAACACUUGUGUCUGGAUACUCCCUAGUUCCAGCCACACAUCAAGGUCAUCAUAGCUUCUUGGCAAUGAACUCUUUCCACACUAUGGUACAUUCUGGAUGAUGCAAUCAGUUGCAAUACAAGCAUGGCACAAAUUGCAUUUAAAAACACUUAUCAAUACACAAAUCCCACAUUAACAGAAAUGGCAGGAGAGGCACGCCAUCGAACCCGAGCAGAGACGUGCGCUCAGCCCUGAUGGCUGCUCUCCUUUGCAAAUGCUUUGGCUCGCCAAGGUCACGAGCAUUUUGGAGCGUUGCCUAUAUGUCAUUCAGCGCAAUCUCCAUCGGGACUCUUAUAAGAGGCAAAGGCAGCGACAGAUGGUGCCAAGGAAGCGCCUCGGGUGAUAAGACGUUUUAAUGAUCUCUUAGCACACUGUCCACACACAUUUUCCAGCGAAAGCUGCAAGGAACAAGGCCCUGAAGGUCACUUUCUACCCAUCGGACGAUGGGACGAUUUGAAAAUUGCACAUUUCUUUCUGCAUUCCUGUUUCCUUGAGUUUCAGAGGUGAACGGGAACCCGUUCUGAUCUAGCGCAUGAGCCCUUGGGUUACAUGUAUUUCAAGGGAGGGUGGAGCUGGGCAGAUGUAAAUAAUUUGGGAUCUGUGUAGCAACAAUACUAUAUGUUUUGGUUUUUUUAAAAAAAUAAUAAAAUAAAAAUAAAGAUGGUU